AUGCCCCAUCACACUUUCCCUCUACCCUCGGAGAGGAACAUUCAUGCUGUAAUCAGAGGAGUACAUGCGACACUUUCUGAAAUUGAGAUCAAGGAAGAGUUGCAACAGAGGGGAUAUUCCCCCCUGCACAUAAUUCGCCUGAAACGCGGUGGCGGCGUGCCCAUGCCUUUGGUGGUAGUCAUACUGCCCAAGAUAGAAAAAUCUCAGCAGCUGUUCAACGAACACGAGCUGUUAGGUUUGGCUAUCCGAGUCGAAGUUCAAAAGAACUCAAGACUCAUCGGGUAG